AUGGCGCAGGCAGGCUACGCAGCUUCAGCGGGCGGCAGCAUGCAGGUGGCAUUGGUGACGGGAGCUUCCAGCGGGAUAGGGGCGGCCAUCGCCGAGAAGCUGGCGGAGACGCACCGGUUAGCGCUUUUGGCUCGUUCGGAGAGCAAGCUCCAGGACCUUGCGAAGAAAAUAGAGCAAGCCAGAGGAGAGCGGCCUCUCGUGCUUGUUGCAGAUGUGACAGACCGAGCCGCAAUGGAAGCUGCCACCAAGGAGAUGAACGCCACGCUGGGGCCCGCCGACGUGCUGGUGCAUUGUGCCGGCAUGUGGUCCUACGUGAGGGCAACUGCCGAUGCUCCUGCAGUUCACGAUCACCAUGCGGAUCUUGUCGCUGUGCAUUGCAAUGGGACGUUGAACGCAGUGGAAGGACCUUGCCAGGGAUGCUGGCCAAGAAGGAUGGACAGAUCAUGCUGA